GCGGCUGCCGUAGGGGUUAUGCUGGUCCUGGUGCUGGUGGUACUCAUACCCGUACUCGUCAGCUCUGUGGGUACAGAUGCCAGUCAUUAUGAGAUGCUGGGCACCUGUCGUAUGGUGUGCGACCCCUACCUGAACAAAGGCACUCCGGCCAGCAGCACCAGCUCCACCGGUCUCCAGGCUGAGGCAGAGGCGUUGAGCGACCACAGCAAUGUGCUUCCACCCUCCACUUUACUGCAGGGCCCACAGGGAAAGCCUGGCAGGCCAGGCAAGCCCGGACCACCGGGACCACCGGGAGAACCAGGGCCACCAGGACCAGCGGGCCCUCCUGGUGACAGAGGGGAUCAGGGAAGGACUGGGAUUUUGGGUCUAGGGGGGGACGGAGCUAUCAGCACGGCCACCUACAGCACUGUGCCUCGGGUGGCCUUCUAUGCAGGGCUUAAGAACCCCCACGAAGGCUACGAAAUCCUCAAGUUUGACGACGUGGUCACCAACCUAGGCAACAACUAUGAUGGCAUUUCUGGCAAGUUCAUCUGCAGCAUACCUGGCACAUACUUCUUCAUCUACCAUGUGCUGAUGAGAGGAGGGGAUGGCACCAGCAUGUGGGCAGACCUUUGCAAAAACGGCCAGGUUCGAGCCAGUGCCAUCGCCCAAGACGCUGACCAGAACUAUGACUACGCCUCCAACAGCGUCAUCCUCCAUCUGGACGCAGGGGAUGAGGUUUACAUCAAACUGGAUGGAGGCAAAGCCCAUGGAGGCAACAACAACAAGUAUAGCACCUUCUCUGGCUUCAUCCUCUAUGCAGACUGA